AAGACCUCACGUUUCCAACUCUCCAGCCUGUCACUUUGGAUUGGAUCUGGAUAGCUUCACAACCACAACAAAUCCCACAACAACGAUCGAAACGCACGGAUUGAUGACCGAUUCGAUUUCUUGAGAACCAUCGAGAUGCGUCAAAGCUACGGCAUGGUGCUUUUGGGCACCUUUGUGUCUGCUGCUGCGCCCAUCGCUGCAGCUAGCUUGCCUAGAGGUGUCGGUCCUGAAUUCGCCAAGUUCUUCGAGCUCAAGCCCUCUUUCAAGUGCAUAGGUCACCCCGAAAUCAAACUUCGCUUCAGCCAGGUCAAUGACAAUAGCUGCGACUGUCCUGAUGGCUCCGAUGAGCCCGGCACCGCUGCCUGCGCGCACCUCGACCCCCUCUCCCCUCAGCAGCCCUUCGCCGGCUCCCUGACGGGCACGACCAAUACCUCCAAUGCCCUCCCGGGCUUCUGGUGUGCCAAUGAAGGUCACAUUGGAGCCUACGUGCCUUUCAUGUUUGUCAACGAUGGUCACUGCGACUACGAUAUCUGCUGCGACGGAAGCGAGGAGUACAGCAAGGUUGGAGGCCUCAAGUGCGCCAACAAGUGUGCCGAGAUCGGAAAGGAGUAUCGUCGGGUUGAAUCUGCGCGUAAGGAUGCCAUCGACAAGGCUGCUAAGAGACGCAAGACGAUGGCCAAGGAGUCUAGAGAGCUCCGCCGUCGUGUCGAGGCCAAGGUGACUAGCCUGAAGGACGAGGUCGCGGGUCUCGAGACCCGCAAGGAGGAGCUCGAGCAGAAGCUGCACGACAUUGAGCGUUCCGAGAAGGGCAAGAUUGUCAAGGGCGAGGGAUCCGGCGGAAAGCUGGGCACUCUGCUCAAUCUGGCCAAGACUCGUGUCACCGAGCUCCGCGAGACCCUUGAGGAUGUCGUUGCCCACCGCGACGAGCUCCAGAGCAAGGUGAAGGAGCUUGAGGGUAUUCUCAGCCGCUUCAAGGAGGAGCACAACCCAAACUUCAACGAUGAGGGUGUCAAGCGCGCUGUUAAGGGCUGGGAGGACUACGCUGCCAACCUUGCCAACGACCCUCUGCCCGAUGGCCUCGAGGCCGACAUCAAGGAGGUCCUUGUCGAGGACAACGAGUCUUCAGGCAUCAACUGGAAGGAGUUCGAGGAGGAUGACGUUUCUGACACUGAUAUCCUCUACAACUUCGAGGCCUACCUCCCCGAGGGCAUCCGCGAGUUCAUCCACGGCAAGCUUUUGUCUUUCAGAGUCUGGAUGAUUGAGAAUGGCCUGAUUGCUGAUAACAACAACGGCGGUGCCGAAUCUCGCCUGGUUAAGGCUGCCCGCGAGGCAUUCAACUCGGCCAACAACGACCUCUCUGACAAGAAGCGCCAGCUGGAGAUCGAGCAGAAGGAUCUGGAGAAGGACUACGGCACUGAUGACAUUUUCCGCAUCUUGAGGGACAAGUGCGUCAGCACCGAGAUUGGCGAGUACGAGUACGAGCUCUGCUGGAUGGACAAGACCAACCAGAAGUCCAAGAAGGGCGGCGGUCACACUAACAUGGGCAACUUUGUCCGCAUCGACAAGGAGAUGGCUGACGACGAGGAGCGCGUCGAUGGCAAGAGUCUCGGCAAGGGCCUCCGCAUGGUCAUGCGGUACGAGAAUGGCCAGGGUUGCUGGAAUGGCCCUCAGAGACGUACAGAUGUCUGGCUGGCCUGCAGUGAGACGGAGGAGCUUUGGAAGGUCACGGAGUCGGAGAAGUGCGUCUACAAGAUGGAGGUGGGCACUCCUGCCGCCUGUGACGAGCUCCUUGAGCCUCCCACGCCCAAGGGCAAGGAUGAGCUGUAGAGGCAGCAUCGGCACGCAGCGUGUGUCGAGGAAGAAUUCAGCAUUGGGUCUGCUUAGCUUGGCGUCAGGUUCGUCUGCCUUAGACCGAGUAGAAAGGAUGCAUUAGGAAUGGCCAAAACGUUUUUCGGUACUUGCAAAUGGUGUUCUCUGAUUUUUCGCGUAGGGUGUGCAACAUGGAAUAGGAACCAGGGGGUAUCAUGUUUGUUUGAUCAUUUGCGUUACAGCAUGGCCUUUUUCCAGUUGGGACAGAAUUAACCUCUUGAUGAUGCCAUCUUCCUCCGCCUGCUGAGCUCUUCUUGUUCAGCCAAGACCUUGGCUGUUAAUGAUGCGGCCAUUGGGUUGUUGAUGUUGCUCGUCUUGCUCUCCUUCUUUGCAGCCUUUGCAUCGUCCGUAGCCCUCUUCUUCUCGGGCUUGUCGCCGUUACCAUUUUCCUUGGCAUCAUCCUCUGCCUUGCGCUUCUUCUUGCCGCCAGCUUUCUUGUCUUUCUUCAAGCCGUGGGUAAGACCUGCAGCGGUCAAAUCGUCCAUUCUUUGCACCAGUUUCCUGAGGUCGCGCUCCUCGGUUGGCAGGAUUGGUACGACGUUCUCGCUCUUGAACUCUUCACUGCACUCUGGACAUGCCGACUCUUGAAUCUCCUUGAUAGCAACCUCGGCAAACACAUGCCCGCAUGGUACCAGGUAGACGGACUUGACUUGCGGGCCCAGCUCCUUGAGAGAGAUGGGACAGACCCAGAUAUCCUGCUUGGUGCCUGGUGGUGUAUGCUUGUGGAACUUGAGCUUGACAAUAUCGCGCAACGACUUGAUGCCGGUCGAAGCAAAUGUGAGUUCUUGGGAUUCGGGAUUAGAUGGUGGCGACUCGGUGCUGUCGUCGGAUGGCAUGAGGCCUUGGAGGAUGGAUUCGUAAUUGUAUAGGCGACCGCGCCAGUCCGACACAAUGUUCUCUUUGUCGAGGGGUUGAUUCGACAGAGGAUCGUUACUCCAAGCGUGGCCGAGUGACUCGAGGACGUUUGCCUUUAGCUCGCUGACAGUGAGGGCACGGGCGGAUUCCUUGACCAGCUCGCGGCGUUUAGGAAUGGAUCCUCCAUCGUUACCCAUGGUGAAGAGUGGUUCAGGGAGGUGGGAUGAUGGAGUUGAGAGGGGUGGACUAGACUGCGAGAAUCAGAAUGGCGAAUGCUGUAUUUUAUUGUCUCAAUAUAGAGCAGAGUGGUCUCGCUGCUUGUGUCUUGCCGUUAGUGUCCUAAAUGAUGCGCGAGUCGUGAUGUUGAAUCUCGGUGUAGUGUCUUGAUCCAGGACUUCAAGUCGCGACAGAAGAAACACCUGGAUGCGCAUUUCUGAGCGAUAAGAUAAGA